AUGUUAACUAAUUUAAAACAACAAUCUGAUCAUGAUCUGACAGAAUUAUCCUGGUUAACCCAAUCGGACAUAUUUGAUCGUUCAUCUUCGUCGUCCUCAUCAUCACGUUCAACACACGCUGUACCAACACUGAGUAAAAGUUUACCAAGUUACAUCAAUGAUAAACAUCGCCAUCGCUCAUCACCACCACCGUCGAGUCUCAUUGAUUCAUCAGAUAGUGAACACGAUAUUGAUUCGUCAUCAUUAAAUUCUUCGAGUGAACGUGUUACAACGACUGAUAUUGUCUCUCCGCCACAUUCUGCUCUAUGUUUUUGGAUUUUAUUUGCAAUCGAAAGUUCGAAAAGCCGAACGUUAACAUUAAAUGAAAUUUGUGAUUGGAUUGAACGAAAUAUCGAACAAUCAACUGCAACUAACAAUAAUAAUAACAACAACAACAACACUGUUUCUUCAACUGAUGAACAUCUACUGUACAGUGCUCGUCUGAAAAGUAAAAUUCGUUAUCACAUGACCAAGCAAAUUUCAUUUUUUGUGAAAAUUAUCAAAAAUCCGUCGAAUGGAAGUAAAUUACGUUAUCCGCUAUGGACAACUGAUCGUUCAAAACGUUCACUUCUACUUGACACACUGUUAACUAUGAAUACUCGGCAACUAUCGUUAACAAAUCAAUGUACAAUAGAUAUAUUCGAACGUCUAUGUUCAGAAAGGCAACGAGAUAUCAUUCGUCAUACCAACGAUGAAAACAGUUGUCCGUUGAAAGAUCGCAAACGAGAUAAAACUAUUCAUCGUCUCAGCUCAUCCGAAGAAACGAAAAGAAAAAAACAACGUUUGAAAACUGAUUCAUCAGGAACAUCUUCAACUCCAAGCGUUGAAGUUGUCGACGCAGCUAUGACAUUACUUCUUCUCCGGCAACCUAAAUGA